CUGCUGACUAAUCUGUAUCUGCAACCUGCAACCUCGCUCGACCAAAAUCCCCAGACUUUCAUACCAUAAUAAAAAUAACAGUUCAAAAAAAGUUUAUUCCGUGUUUGAGAAUACAAAUAACAGUUUAUUACAAAAGUAAGCAGAUUCUACACACUAAAAUCUGCAAUGUCUCUGUCUCCCAGUUUAAAAACCCCUUUCACCGAUUUCACGGGUGCCGUCGUGAGCCACCAAUGGGGCAGUAGGUGCCGCGACAUGGAGCUUAAGGCCUUAGAUUGUCUGGAAGCUUACGGGCUGACCCGUGGAGUAACCAAGUGUGAAGACUUGAUCACCGACUUUCAGGAGUGUUCUUUGCGUGUUAAGGAAGUAUCGAGGUACGUGGCAAUGAGGUCUGAGAGGGAGCGUCAAUACCAUGCUGGGGAACGUACCAAGGAGAACCGCUACGCGCCUCCUCCAAAGCCCGAUAGUUAUUAAACUGAGAAGUGUUGUAGCUUUGUUGUAAAUAAACUAGUUUGACGGAAA